UACAGCAUGGAUGUCCGUCGCUGCUGCUCAUUAUAGAAUAGUCCAUUAAAUUUUUAGCUACAAACCAUGGAACACAAAUGAAAUUGGUAUUAAAGGUAGUGUAGGUACGUCGUUGUACGGAGUAGGCUCAGGUACCACAGAUAUAAAAACAUUACAUUAAAUCUGUGACAGGCAUGGAUUUAUUAAUGACAAUGGGAAAAUGACAAUUGUAAGAAAAGUAAAUGUCAUACCAUACAUUUGUCAAUCAAACGGAUUGAACGGCAAACAGGACAGAACGGCUAGCAAACAAUCCCGAAACAAAAUUGUUUCUAUUACAUACACUGUAUGUCUAAUUAUUUAUUUCACCAAGCAAAUUCUAGCACAUAUUGAGAUCGCCGAACUAAUUUGUUACAUUAUUUAUAUUAAAAAAGAGAAUAAUGGCCCACGAUAUCACGAGUCAAUUUUAUACAAGCUUGAAUUUACCACUUCAUGAGAAAUUGGCAGAGUUAACAAGGAUAAUAGAUCAUUCUGGGCCUAAUAAAGAGUUACAGGCUCUUUUCCCACAAUUAGUUAAUAGUAUAUUUGCCAAUUCUUUUACAAAUGGUUGGGGUUUGAGGAUGAUUACUUUAGAUGCUAACAAAUAUGAAUUUGAAGCUCUAACUUCCUUUUUGGAGCCACAGGGACCAAUGUUUAGAUUAUGUUACAAAUUAUUAUCAGAUCCGCAGUUGAAGUACAAUUUGCCACUCAAUACUUUACCAUUGAACUUGCAGAUGAGCCUUGAGCGAGGAAGGUGUUCUCAGUUUUAUUCAGACAUGCUAACAAUGGAUGCACAAUCAAUGAAUGUGGUUGCUUUGGCACUCAAUCCUUUUGAUUAUUACAUUUUUAGCUUUGCUCUAUUCUUGAUAAACAACAGUCAAAACAAAAGCUCCUGGGAAAAUUGGAACAGUGUUUAUUUUGCUUUGGCUUGUGAUUAUCUGAUGCACUUCCUGCCUACAGAUCCUAAUGAGCCAGUAUUACCUCACAUACCAAACUAUACUGGGAAAGUUCCAACGGUGGCCCCUUUACAAACAGCAAACAGACCACUUAGCUCCCCUUCGCUACUUCUAAUUCAAGACCUGUCAGGUAUGAGCAAUCAGCACAGUCAACAUGUAUCACAGACACAGUCACGAAACGAGGUUUGGCGGUCUGAGACUGUUUUACAAGUCUUCAUAGAUGUUUGGAUGAGUGUGGAGGAAUUUAAUUCGAGGGGAGUUGAUAUGUACCAAAGAAGUUACCCUAUAAUGUCCAGUCCAGAAAGAGUAAGAAUAGUGCGAGUUUUAGUGAAACACAUACAUUCAUUCUCAGCAAAACAUUUGUCGGAUCCAGCGUCGCGCUCGUGCGCGCUACGCAAGUACGCGCGCCAGCUGAUGUGCGCACGCGCCUACCGCUACGUGCAGCAUCUGGUCACCAGCUGGCCCUUGGAUGCUUCCUUCAGGCUGGUCAUGGAGCUUUGGUUGAGUCUCAUUCAGCCUUGGAGAUACACGGACAACAUGAUCAAUCGUGACAGAUUUCGAACUACAAAUAACAAUCAAGAAGAAGGAAACAGUAACAUAUUAGAUGCCAGCUAUACUCAGUUUAUUGCGGAAAAUUUCCCUUCAUAUACCUGCAUUUUCCAAUUGGUGCUUCCUAGAUUCCUGAGAUUAGAUCUUACUGCGUACAAAAAUACUGUUAUGUUAUUUAGAUUGGGAAAGGUGUUUUCACAACCACAUUUGGUGCCGAUUUUGUGGAAUUUGGAACAAGCUAUGACAGAUUUUAAUUCUAGUCUCUUGCAGAGCCCUGACUCAAGUUACAAUAAUUCUAUACAUGAUCAAAGCUAUAUAUAUAAUGGAAUACCUCUUCACAAAUGGGUUGCCAUAGCUAAACAGGCGGUAUCCGAACUAAAUUUAUCAGCGAACUUUGAAUAUGACCCCAUCUGGAGCGAUAAUAAAAAAAAAUCUGCUAUGGACUUCAUUAAAAGGAUACUUGCAGCUAAAAUUGCGUCUGACCGCAAUUUGGAAGAUAUGAAUAGGAAAAUUAACGAAAAUCAUCAAGGGUUUUGGGCCUCUAUCAAACACUGGCUCAUGAUAGACAACCAAUUUGAAACAGAUUUAGUGUUAGAGGAGACCAAAAAAGUACCAGUUUAUUUAAAUGCAUCUGUCCAUCAUUUUGCGACUAUAUUUUUAAUCAAUGAAACCAGCCUAAUGGCACCAGAGCCGAUCGUUGAAGACAGUGCCCUGGAACAUUCUUCUUUCGGCAAUUCUUCCAGUUUUCCACUUUAUAUUACAAACAAGCUCCGUAGCAAACCUACCGAAGUCAAGUACAUGGGAGAUCCAGAUCUGAUGCCAAUAACGUCGUACGAAAGUACUAUAUUGGUUCGAAUGUUGUACCAGAUCGCUUCUAGGAUAAAUGAAAUUUAUCGAGAAGAAUUCAUAUCCCUGUGGCAAAGUAACAAUUUUUGGGGUCACGUUGCCCGCGAAGUGUUACACCCGCCAUGCACAAUCCAGACGUACGUGCGAGACUUGACGAACCAUCAGAACAUCGUGGUUGAAGAGCUGGCGCCGCGACUGGUGCUGCGGCGCCUCGGCUCGCACGCCUUCGUCGCGUGGGCGGCCAUCGGCUACCUGCUCUUUAGGCUCUUGUCAUUCAGUGGUUUUACUUACACGUUUAUAUUGUUCCUAUUAUGGGUAAUGUUUGUAUUCACGAAAGUGUCUUUAAAAAUGUUAAAGAUAUUAAAAUAAUGUAACUAAUAUUUUGUAUUUUAAUAUAAUGUUUUUGAAUA